AUGUAUGGAUUUACAAAUAUUGAUCCGCGCCAUGAUCUAAGAUUCCCCACGCAAAGCACCAUUGGUCUCUCGCGAGUUUUGACAAGACAAGUUAAAGCCAUUGUUUUACGAAAAGUACCGAGGCAUGACGAACGACGCACACUGACAAUGGCGGAGAAAAAACCAAAAAAGAAGAAUGGACCGCGCCUGGAACUGACGAAAGAAAUGAAGGCGGAUCUCCGGGAGGCGUUCGAUGUGUUCGAUGCUGACGGCUCGGGAACGAUAGACGCCAGUGAGCUCAAGAUAGCUCUGCGCGCGUUAGGAUUCGAACCCAAGAAAGACGAGAUGAAAAGACUGAUAGCAGAGAUCGACACCGACGGAUCCGGUAUACUGGAUUUCGAUGACUUUCUGACGUUAAUGACGAAGAAGAUGACAGAGAAAGAUGAGACGGAGGACCUACAGAAAGCCUUCUGGCUGUUUGACGAGGACGGCACGGGGAGAAUCUCGCGCGCUAAUCUCGACCGAGUGGCCAUAGAGCUGGGGUACGACCCCGACAAAAUGCAAGACGAACUCCAGGAGAUGAUUGACGGUGCUGACAGGGAUGGAGACGGAGAGGCGAAUCUCACGAAAAAUUCAAAAAUAACUCGGAAAACACACCUGAAGUUGACAGAGGAACAGGAAGCUGACCUUCGGGAGGCCUUUGACAUUUUCAGUAGAGGCGGCGAGGAGACAGGAGAUGGUACGAUAGACGCCGGGGACCUCAAGAUCGCAUUGCGAGCAUUGGGUUUUGAACCAAAACAGGACGAAAUUCGUCAGCUGAUAGCGGAAGUGGACAAGGAAGGACAAGGUUUGUUAGACUAUAAUGAUUUCCUGGCCAUCAUGACAAAGAAAAUGACCCAGAAAGACGAAACGGAGGAUCUUAAGAAAUCAUUCCAAUUGCUGGAUCUGGAUGGGGACGGAAAAAUUAAUUCCGGAGACCUGACAUGGGUGGCUAGCGAACUCGGAUUUUACACUGGAACAAUGACAGAGGAUUUGCAGGAAAUGAUUGACUUUGCAGAUAAAGACGGGGAUGGAUUGGUCAAUGAAAAAGAAUUCUUGAAAUUCCUUAAGAAAACAUCAUUUGAAUAAAAUGCCCUGACCCAUAAA